AGUUGCACGGCCGGAGAACAAAUCGACUGGAGAAGACUCUAUGUUUCCUCGACACUGACACUGUCUGCUUAUGCUUUCUACACCGCUGCUGCUGACAGCUCGGACAGUGCUCCGCUGUCGGCACUCGUCCUGGGCCAUAGAUGCCCAGCUGCUUUCCAGGCCAAUAAACCCAGGUGGCCGCCUGCGUGCCAGAGGACGCGUCUUGGAUUAUGUACGACAUUAUGCUAGCGAAUCGACGCAUCAGCAGAAGAAUGGACAGUUGGACCCCCUUCCUCCCACAAAACCUGGAACGAUAAAACCCGGUGUUCUAUCUCGCAUCCUACCGCCAGCCCUGCAGAGUACACCGGAAACAGCGUCUUCGUUCCGUAAAAUCGUGGCCCUCGCAAAGGCGGAGAGGAAGCCACUCGGAAUUGCCGUUGGAUUGCUUUUGGUCUCCUCCUCGGUGUCUAUGAGUAUUCCCUUAACAGUUGGAAAGCUAAUAGAUUACUUCACGUCCACGAGCCCACAAAUACCCUACGGCUUGACACUAGGUCAAGCAUCCGCUCUCCUGCUUGUCCUAUUCACCGCCGGUUCGCUGUGCAAUGCUGGUCGGGUCGUGCUUAUGCGACUCUCCGGACAGAGGAUCGUGGCGCGGUUACGGGAGAGCACAUACAAGGCUGCGCUGAGACAGGAGGUCGAGUAUGUGGAGAAGGGUGAGGGCGACGUGCUUAGUAGGUUGAAUGCGGACAGCAGUAUUGUCGGUGAAAGUAUAACUCAGAACCUGUCGGAUGGUUUGCGUGCGAUAGUCAUGUCGGGAGUGGGACUUGGGGCAAUGUUCUACAUUUCGCCUAAACUUACCUUGCUUAUGCUCGCGGUCGUCCCUCCGGUCUCGCUAGGUGCUGUCUUCUACGGUCGCUACUUGAAGCGUCUCUCCAACCAGACACAAGAGGCCCUCGGUGAAAUGACGAAGGUAGCACAAGAAGCGCUCUCGGCUCUUCGUACGGUGCAAGCCUUCAACGCAGCCCCGCAAGAAGAGCAGAAAUUUCACCAGCGCGUGCUCGACGUGCUCGGCCUGCAGCGCCGGGAAGCCGUAGCGAGUGCCAUAUUCUUUGGUAGCACCGGCUGGAGUGGCAACGUUACCUUAUUGGCUUUGCUAGGGUAUGGCGGGACGCUGGUGUCUAGCGGUGCAAUCUCUGUCGGCGAUCUAUCCAGCUUGCUGCUGUACACGGUAUACGUUGGGAGCGGCAUGCAGAUGUUAACCUCCUUCUUUUCUUCCAUCAUGCGAGGCAUUGGCGCGGGCACCCGAAUAUUCGAGCUGUUGGACCGCAACCCCGCUAUCCCACCGUACUCGGGCGUGGAGCUCAACCCUCUUCGCCGCGGCCCGCUGAAGUUCGAGCAUAUCACGUUCGAGUAUCCGAGUCGGCGUGGGGUUGAGAUCCUGAAGGACUUCAAUUUGGACAUCCGCGUCGGGGAGAGCAUCGCUGUCGUCGGCAAGAGCGGGAGCGGAAAGUCGAGUCUGCAUGCGUUGCUGCUGAGGUACUACGAUCCUGUCAAGGGAAAGGUAACGUUCGAUGGGCAAGAUAUACGAGAAUUCACCCCAACGUCGUGGCGAAACGUGAUUGGCGUUGUUCCCCAGGAUCCGGUCCUGUUUACGGGUACGAUCGCCUCGAAUAUCGCGUACGGGAAUGAAACCGUCACCCGCGAACAAAUCGAGGAGGCUGCGCGGCAGGCGAACUGCGAGUUCAUCUGGGGGAUGCCUCAAGGCUUUGAUACGCCAAUCGGGAGACUGAGUUUAAGUGGGGGUCAGCGGCAACGUUUGGCCAUUGCCCGCGCUCUUCUCAAGCGCCCGGCGAUCCUUGCGCUGGACGAAGCCACGAGUGCCCUCGAUGCGACCUCAGAACACCGGGUAAACGACGCGAUUGACAGGAUACUGCUCUCGAGACAGACGACGUGCCUAAUAGUGGCGCAUCGCCUGUCGACGAUCGCUCGGGCGGAAAGAAUCGUGGUUCUGGAGGACGGCCGGAUUACUGAAUCCGGGACGUUCAACGAGCUCGUGGCUCAAGAGGGCACUCGCUUCCGAGCUUUAAUGGCUGCGCAGCUCACUGCUGCCACUGGUGAGAGGGUUACUGCAACGCACGGGGAGGCAUAGAGAGGAGUAGCAUGCUUAGCGUGGACUUGGAAAUAACGAUUCAUUAAUAGAGCGAUGUAAUGCUAGAUUAACCGAUGUAAUGUAGGGAUAUGCCCACGAUGAAAUGUAUCAAACAUCCCUAGUC